UAAAGGGCUGUACAUCACGUUUUUCUGUUAGUUUCCUUUUUUCUGAAAGAGUCAUAAGUCGGUAGGCAGUGCAGAGCAAAGGUCAGACAAAGUAGCUCAUUGAAUUGGAAUGAAAUCAGGAAAUUCACUUGGAUAUGUUAAGCCCAACAGCUCUAAAAUUGGAGUGCUUUUUUAUCUAAUUCUUAUUUUUUUUCUUCUUUUUUUUUUUUUUUUUUUAGAAAAGUAUUAUGAGGAGGGACACAGAUGAUCUACUGUCAUAGAUCUUAAACUAUACAUUGUAGCAGUAAAGAGUGAAUUUGCCUUUAUUAUGUACAUUUUCCUUAUGAAACAUGGUAAAUUCAAUCUGCUGCUCCAUAGCCCAUGGAGUUCAAUAGACACCUUUGACUUCUCUCCUUUGGCUCAAGAGCUCAAUGACACCUCCUGUCACUGGGGUUAGCACAAUUAAUGCAGAAAAUCAGCUCUCUACCAUCUCAUAAUCUAGGCUGCCUCCUACCUAAAGAUCUAGGGAUGAGAAAAGCCCCAAACCAUACCAGACAGAACAUGAGCACUACGAAGAAAAGCAAAGGUCAAAUCAAAAAUGAGAUGUUUUUAGAGACUUUAAGACCUUGCAGGAAUAGAAACGGGAAGCACUGUAUAUGUAAUAUAAAACAAUGUGGAUUUUCUGCGUAGAUUUUGGAGCCUUCUCUGACAAAGUGCCCUUGGGGCAAAGGCGGCUGCUGGGCUGCCGUAGGCAAAGCAUGGGCAGCAGGUGCAGGGAGGUGGUCCUUCCCCUGGGCUGUGUCCUGCUCGGGGCUCCCCAGUGCAAGGCAGCCAUGGCCAUAGUGGAGAGAACCCCCAGGCCAGUGCCCCCCCAGGCCCCUCCCACUUUCCGUUGGGCUGGGACUGCUGGUCAGUUGGAGCCACCAGCCAGAAGAGACAGCAGGACGGAGCUGUGCUGGCACCCAGCAGCGCUGGCAGGAGGCAGGGUCUGGCCCCGCAGCGCUGCCCCGGCACCAACACCAGCACCAGCACCAGCACUAGCACCAGCACCAACACCAGCACCCGCGCCGCGUCCUUGCUGUGGCCGUCUGCACCGCGUCCUUGUUGCACGGCCAGGGUCCUCCUGUCCCGGGCGGGAUGGGCCAGGCCAACUGCUGCUGCGGCUCCAGGGAGGCUCUCAGCGACACCGAGCUGGUGCUGAGCGCAGACGUGCGGCUGACCCGGGGGCGCAAGAGGAGCGAGAGGCGCCUUCUCCUCCUCCAGCAGGAACUUCUCAUCGCCAAAUUGCAACGUGGCAGCACCCUGCGCCCACAGCUCCGCCUGGCCCUGGACCAGCUGUGGGUGCUGAGUGGUGGGAAGGAGGCGGCGCACAAGGAAGAAGAGGAGGAAGAAGAGAAUAGCGAUGAGGAUGCGACCUGCCUCAUCUUCAUCUGGCCUGGCGGCUCCUGCAUUGCCCAUUUUGGCUCGCGGGCACUGAAGGAGCUGUGGCUGGGCACACUGCUGGGGAGAUCAGAAGACACCAAGACACCCUGUGUGACUCACCUACCAUCGCUGAAGGUCAUUGAGAAGGAGCUAAACCACCGCCAUGCUGGGAGGACGUUCAACACCAGGAGCCUGCAGAGGCUGAUGGAGCGCCUGGCAAAGGCUGAUCCCAAGGAAGGGCCUCCACCAGCCCCAUCUGGAAAUGGAGGAGGACUUGGUCACACAACAAGUGAGUUUUCUAAAGAAAGGCAACCUUCGGCAUGCGGUGGAGCUGCACUCACUUGUCCCUUGAGUGUCACCAUGCAGGAUGGGCAGCCCAAGGGAGGAUGUCAGCUGCAGAAGAAAGGACACGCAACGUUCAGUGCCUGCUGGACAUGGAUCUGUGAGGACACGCAGCCUCUGGUGCUGCCCACAGCUUGGAGGAGGGCAGGGCCAGGGCUGUCCCAGGAUGUCCUACUGGCUCUCAGGAGCCUCCAAAGGGGAGACACCGAGCCAGAGCUGCGUCUCCAGCUGCCGCUCCCUGCCCGUCCUGCCACAGCGCUCAGCUCAGCUCUGCAGGCAGGGCAGGCAGGGCAGGGCAGGCAGGCUCCAUUGACGGGCUAUUGCUCUGUUUUCCUUUGCAGCAGGAGGCAGCAGCAGCAGCAGCAGGAGGAUGGGGCUGCCCUGGCCCUUUGCUCUGCGGCGCAGCCCGGCUCCUGCCCAGGCGCCAGGGCAGGUGGUCUCCGGCUGCAGCAGGGCGCUGUUUGGCCAGCCCCUGGCAGCCCUCUGCGGGGAGGAUGGCACACUGCCCCAGCCCAUCCAGGAGCUGCUCGCUGUUCUAUAUCGGGAAGGACCAUCGACGGAAGGGAUAUUUCGCAGAGCCGCCAGCGGAACAGCACUUCGGGAGCUGCGCGAGGCCCUGGACCGUGGCCUGGACAUCGACAUGGGAAGCCAACCUGCUGAUCUGUUGGCCGUCGUCUUGAAGGACUUCCUCAGAAACAUCCCCUCCAAGCUCCUCGUGGAAGACCUGUAUGAGGAGUGGAUGGCAGCCAUACAAAAGACCAGCACGGAGGAGAAGAUAGCGGAGCUGAAAGUGGUGGCAAAGAAGUUGCCAGCGGCCAAUCUGUUGCUCCUGAAGGAGCUGCUGUCCGUCCUGCAGCACAUUGGCCACAACGCUGACACCAGCAAGAUGACCUUUAACAACCUGGCCAUC